AUGGUGAAGGGUGAUGAGAAAACAUAUGUUGAAAAGAACUGCUAUGAUGAUGUACCAUGCACAGGUGGUACAACAACGCAUAUCCUUGAAGCAGUUGGUACUGAACGAUUAGCAUUUAAGGUGAAAUUAAAGGAAAAAUAUUACGAUUUGUAUCAGGUAUCGCCACCGCUUGGUUUCGUAAAACCUGGCGUUAAGAAAAAGCUUUUUCUGAGACGAUUGCCUGGAAAGCCAGGAAAAACAAAAUUAGUGGUGGAGUAUAUUGCAUCACCAGAAGGUUAUGAUCCAAGGAAGCCGUUUAUUGAAGGUGCUGAAGUAGGCGUAUUGAAUUUACGCGUAAGAGCAUAUAGUGAUAAAAAAUUACCAGAUAAGACGCCGAAGAUUACGGGUAAAUUGGUAACAAAAACAGGACAAAAGUUUACGCCGACAAUAGGUUACGAUGAUCUUAAAAUAGAAACAGAAAUUGAGCAAUUGUUCAAAGAUAAAGAGAAGUUAGUAUCAUCAAAGAUGAAAAAAAAAGAAGUAAAAGAAAAAGUUGAAAAGGAAGUAAAAGGAAAAGUUGAAAAGGAAUUAAAAGGAAAAGUCGAAAAGGAAGUAAAAGAAAAAAUUGAAAAGGAAGGGAAAAAAAAAGUUGAAAAAGAAGUAAAAGAAAAAACUGAGAAGGAAGGGAAAGGAAAACCUGAAAAGGAAGAAGAGGAAAAAGAGGAAAGUCCUAGUUCAAGUGAUGAGAAUGCUCCAAUUCAAGUGGUUAUACCAAAUUUGUGGAAAGAUUUAAAUGUUGCUCAGAUGCAAAAGAGUAAUGACGAAUUAAAAGUGAUAUUGGAAGCUGUAACGAAUGAAAAUAAACGAUUGGAAGAAGUUAUCAAGCAAAUGAUGCAAGAAAUUACUUUCCUUCGUGAAUCGCUUCUCUCAAUUGUAAUGAAAUUAGGAACUGUGGCAACAACAGGUGUGGCGACAGCGGCGACAACAUCAGCAGAUGGUGGUCAAGCAGCAUUAACCACUCCUAUCAGUACCUCUCCUAUGGCAGGAAAAAGUGGUAGUGCUAUCAGUGCUAGUAAAACUUCUGCUGCUACCGAUGUCAGUCUUACUGCUACAAGUCAUGCUGCUGGAGGUGUUAGUGCUAGUUCCGUUGGUGCCACUGGCACUAAAAGUCCUGUUUCCAGAACUGCUAGUGGUGCUAAAAGUCCAAUUAGUGUUGGUAAAGGUGGUAAAUUUGAUCAAACCGGUGCUGGUGCUGAAAUUGACAAUUACUUAUCAGCCAUGUUAGCUGGAGGUGGACCCACAGGUGGAGCAAAAAAAAGUGAUGGGAGUUCCCCGACUGAUGCUGGUGAAAAGAAGGAAUUCUCACUCUACUUUACGGGUUAUGCUGGUGGUAGCAAAAACAGUACAUAUAUAAGCGCUUCCAGUCCAAGUACCGCUAAAGCUAAAGAUCUUAGCUUUGCUUUCGGAAACACUGCUGAUCAACUCGGCAGCAGCGGUCGUCCUUAUAGUCCAAGUGGCAGUCCCAGUAGUGGUAGUGGUGGUGGCCGUGCUUAUCGUACAUCAUCAGUUUAUCUUUGA